AACUUUAUUGUUUUUGUCUUUGGUAACUUUAAGACAAAAUUUGAGAAUACACGACCUAUAGCAGAUUUAGGCUGUGUCAGCUCUCGAAGGAAGAGCCACCUGGAGAAAGCUUUUGCCUGUUCAGUGUUCACAGUAGAACGAACCACAAAUGCUGCUCAGAGAAACCAUUGACAAGACCAAGGUUUUAUUUCACAAAACCUUCAGAAAUGUCAAGUCUUUCUUGUGUGGAGGGUACCAAAGAUCACCCAGAUCCCUUUCCUUCAACCCUUUCACUUGCAGCAGCUGCUAUGGAAGAACCUACAGAAGAGACCAAUUCUACAAUGAGUUCUAUGAUCAUUUGCAGUCAGAUCUAAGCAUAAUCAAGAGGGUUGAUAGUGAUGCCUUGCCUGGGUCCAAAGAGCCACCAGAAGAUGGAGAUGCUUCUUGUACUGGAAACUACAUGAGUUUUGCCAAGCAAAGUGAACGAAAGAGCAAACAUGAAGGACAAGUGAAACGAAAGACCAAAGGGAGCUAUCGAGUUGGGAAGAAGGAAGAUUUAAGUCAUCAUCAACACAAGAAUGGAGGAGCUCAAGUUUUGGCACAGAAGAUGAAGGAAUUGGAGAUGAUAGAUGCAGCUGAUGUUGAGCAAGUUCUAGACAUAGAAGAGGCACUUCACUAUUAUUCUCGUCUCAAAAGUCCUGUUUAUUUAGACAUUGUGGAUAAGUUUUUCGUGGACAUGCACUCAGAGUUCUCUGCUUCACAGCCCUCUGUCAGUAGGAAACCCUCAAAAGGAAGGCAUCGCUCAAUCAGGUUGUAGAUUUGGUUUACCAAAUUGCAAAAAAUGUUCAGGUGUAUAUGGAAUCUGUUUGAUCUGUUUCACUAUUUUGUGCUUCUUAAUCUUCUCUUCCGAGUGUGCUGUGUGGUUGACCGGUUUCCUUUCAGUUCUGGCCAUAUAGAGAUUUUUUUCCUUCUUUAUCUUGUAUCAAUUGACUGCAUGCUUGAUCUUGUUCAUCCAAGUACAACAAAAUAUUCAAAUA